GACCUGCUGCACAGUACGGAGACUUGGAAGUUUAGAAGAGUUUACAGCAAAGUGACUUUUAGAGGCGGUCGGGCAUGCACGACUUCGUACUUUUUUAGUACUGUUCUCCGGCGUAUUACAGUUUGAGGAUAGUUAGGAAUCUGAUGUGGAAGCAUUUCAUCACAGUUGGGUGGAGUUCUUCUUCAAAGUCCAGACUCGCAGAUGCAUUUAUUUUUUUAAAGCUCGUCUGAGCUGGAGGACCGAAGAUCUCGCAGAACGCAUGCCAGCAGAUGACCCAAGAUGAGCUGGAGUGGCGUCUGAGAGAAGAGGAGCAGGACCAUGUAGAUGGACAGAGUUCCUGCUGAGGACAGACUCCAGCACUGGUGAACGCAGCUGAAGAAGUCCAGGAGAUAAGGAUGGGCAAUUCUGAGAGCCAGUACAGCAUCCAGGGACCUAAGGGCGGCAGUUUAAUCCUCACCGGGAAACGCAAACCGUCUUCUCUGAAGUUCUGCUCGUCCAAGGAGGAGGCCCUGUCUCCCCAGACGUGGUGGAGAGGUGGGAUCGGGGGUUCAGGGUACAAGUCCCGUGCCGCUGGUCGUGGCUGGCUGUCCCAGCAUAAGGGCGGGCAGCCGUACGUCUCCCGCCACUACGACUAUGUCGCCAAAGGUGGCAAGGUAGGCGGAGCCAGCAAGCAGCAGGCCUGUUCGCCUGAGAGAUCAGGUUGCGGCCUACUCAUGCCCUCUGAGAACGGCUAUUGCUGUGUUAAUGGCGCCCAACCAGAGGGGAACGGCUUCAAGGCGGCCAGCAGAGCACGCAAUGGGCACACUGUGAAUGGGUGUAGACCGUCACCGGCAAGCAUCUCCUCCACGGGCUCUGGUGAGAAUAGUAGUCCCAAGGUGCUCAUCAAGAAGGAUGGGAGCCUGCGUGUGGAGUUCACCAACAACAGCAAGCUGACGCUGGAUGAUUCCACUGGUCCGGUGCAGCUUCUCAAAUUCUGCCCGACCGUGGAGUCCACACCUAGCCACUGUUCACGAGUGACCGGCGUGGAAGAGUUUCCAGAGGCCCUGUUGUCCGGUGACCAGGCGGACCCUGCCUCUAGGGCCAGCAAAAGCAGCUCCCUAAGUUCUGAGGGCUCCUGGUACGAUGCACCCUGGGGAAAUGGGGUAGAACUUGGUGAAAUGGACACUGUAUGUUCCUCGGGUGUUGGCCGUAGCAGUAGCACACCUCCGGUGUCCUUCUCAGAACUGUACCGGGACCCCAGCAUGGGUGGUACUCUGCCAGCGGCCGAACACUCUCCCGUGCCCUUCCUGGUUCUCCCAGGUACUGGGCAUCGCGCUUCCUUCACGGAUGUCCUAGAUGUGCCAGUCAAGGAGGGGUACCUAGGAGCCAAGCAGUACAGCUCCUACACGCUGCCGUGCCGCAAGGCCCGUCCCAGUCCCAGUCCCGAGGGCAGCGCCAAGAAGGAUUCCCUCAAGAGUCGCAUGCGGAACUUCAGUGACUGGACAGGAAGCCUGAGCAGGAAGAAGAGAAAAGUGCAGGAGCCCAGGAACAAGGAGGCCGUCGAGUGCUUCGACAGCGGCGUGGACGGCCUGACGGCCGACACCAGCUCGCCCUCCCAGGGCUCCAGCCUGCUGUGGUACCCGGGCGCGGCACAGCCCCCUCCCGCCCGCAGCGAGUCCGCCAGCGCCCUCCACGGCAACGGCACCCUGCGGCAGAACAUCUACGAGAACUUCAUGCGUGAGCUGGAGACCGGCGGGGGUGGGGUGGAGCAGGGCGCCUCCACGGAGACGGAGGACACCAGCAGCGAUUCGCUGGGCUCCCUGGAACAGCUGGACCAGCUGCUGGAGAAGGAGCAGGGCGUGGUGCGCCGGGCAGGCUGGCUCUCCUUCAAGCCCCUGGUGACCCUGCACAAGGACAGGAAGCUGGAGCUGGUGACCCGGCGAAAGUGGAGGCAGUACUGGGUCACACUCAAAGGCUGCACGCUGCUGUUCUACGAGACGUACAGCAAGAGCACCGCCGAGCAGGACCUGUCCCCCCGCUAUGCCCUCUUUGCUGAGGACAGCGUUGUGCAGUCCGUCCCCGAGCACCCCAAAAAGGAGAACGUCUUCUGCCUGAGCAAUUCCUACGGCGACGUCUACCUCUUCCAGGCGAGCAGCCAGACGGAUCUGGAGAACUGGGUGACAGCGGUGCACUCGGCCUGUGCCUCCCUGUUCGCCAGGCGCCACGGCAAGGAGGACACAGUGCGCCUCCUGCGGAGCCAGACCCGUGGCCUCCUGCAGAAGAUCGACAUGGACGGCAAGAUGAAGAAGAUGGCUGAGCUGCAGCUGUCCAUCGUCAGCGACCCCAGGAACCGCAAAGCCAUCGAGAGCCAGAUCCAGCAGUGGGAGCAGAACCUGGAGAAGUUCAACAUGGACCUGUUCCGCAUGCGCUGCUACCUGGCCAGCCUGCAGGGCGGCGAGCUUCCCAACCCCAAGAGCCUGCUGGCCACUGCCAGUCGGCCCUCUAAGAUGGCGCUGGGGCGCCUGGGCAUCUUCUCUGUGUCUUCCUUUCACGCCCUGAUCUGCUCCCGGGACGAGGCCAGCAUGCGAAAGCGCUCACUCUCGGCUUCCCAGAAGAUGCGCAGCAAGCGGGGGCUGUUCUCCUCGCUGAAGGGCCUGGACAACCUGACCAAGCGAGGCCGGGAGAAGAGGCCAUCCGUGUCGCAGAUCUUUGACAGUAACGCCGGGGGGCAGCUCAGCCUUUUCCCUCCCAGCAGCUCCGAGAGGCUGGACGGCUUGGCUAAUCUCUACUCUGUGGAGCCACUCGAGGGCCAUCACUGGGACAGCAGCCCAGAAACGCUGACCUACGUGUACAUGCCGGACAACCAGGCCAUCGCGGUGCCUAUAAAACGGGAUCAUACGGUGAAGGACGUGCUGGCCCUGGCCUGCAAGGUGCAGCAGCUGGAGGCGAGUCUCCACGGGCUGCGUGUGCGGGGGGGCGCGGCCCAGGAGGCGGAGUUUGCUGUGCCAGGGAGCAGCGAGCUGCUUGCGGACCUGGUAUAUGACGCCCUGGAAAUCUUCCCACUGAGUGUGUUCACCGUACGUCUGUCUCGGCCCUCCAGUACUGUGGACUUCGGUUUCGCCGUUACGGGACACGUGGACGGCUAUGGGAGCAGCCGCAUCUUUGUGAGCGAAGUGCUGCCGGACGGAAUGGCUGUUAACGAAGGUCUGCGGCAGGGAGAUGAGAUCCUGGUGCUGAACGGCAAGAGUAUCGCCGCCCUGGACUUGGGCCUGAUGCAGGAGUUUUUCUGCGAGCAGAGCCUCAGCCUCUCCAUCCGCCGGGACGCCGCCCCUGAAGAGGCGGGCUCUGCCUGGGCGGACCUGGAGUCCAGAGAGCCUUGCCCCCCUGUCCCAAUCCCGAACCAGAUGCAGCUGCUGGAGCAAUUCCUGGACCGGCACCGCAGCACCCAGACGUCCUCCGAUGUGUCCGUUGUGCCAGAUGUCCCAGGCAGCUCAGUAGGGCCUGAUAUGGAGAUCAGACCAGGCCGACGCAGCCCGUGGAUGGAGCAGCACGACGCGGGUGUGGAAGCAGUGUGCACUUUGUACCAGACCUUCCAAGAAGGCUCAGAGGGGCUGAUGGAUACUCAUAAAGAUCCCACCGGGGACGAUCCUGGCCCCAUGCGGCCAUACCCUCGCCACAUGCCUGCCACGGAGCGCCUGCGCAAGGUCAUUCAAGAGCUGGUGGACACUGAGAAGUCUUAUGUCAAGGACCUGAGCUGCUUGUUUGAGAUCUACCUGAAGCCACUGCAGAAUGAGACCUUCCUCACUCAGGAUGAGAUGGAAAGCCUGUUUGGCAGCUUGCCAGAGAUGCUGGACUUCCAGAAGGUCUUUCUUCAGACCUUAGAGGAGAGAAUCGCCUCAUCGCCUGACUUCAACACGCUUGAGACACCAGUGGAGUUCAAGAAACUUCUCUUCUCCCUGGGUGCACCCUUCCUGUACUACGCAGAUCACUUCAAGCUCUACAGUGGUUUCUGUGCAAAUCACAUCAAGGUCCAGAAAGUCUUGGAGCGAGCAAAGACAGACCGGGCCUUUAAGGAGUUCCUCGAUGCAAGGAACCCAACGAAGCAGCACUCGUCAACUCUGGAGUCCUACCUGAUCAAACCUGUGCAAAGAGUGCUGAAGUACCCACUGCUACUCCGGGAGCUGGUGUCCCUGACAGACACCGACAGUGAGGAACACCAUCACUUGACAGAGGCCUUGAAGGCCAUGGAGAAGGUAGCCAGUCACAUCAAUGAAAUGCAGAAGAUCUAUGAGGAUUAUGGCACGGUGUUCGACCAACUGGUAGCAGAGCAGAGUGGCACUGAGAAAGAGGUCACAGAGAUUUCCAUGGGAGAAUUCCUUAUGCAUUCCACGGUCAUGUGGCUGAACCCAUUCCCAUCGCUAGGCCGCAUGAGAAAGGAGCCUGAGCUGACUGUAUUUGUGUUCAAGAAAGCUGUGAUACUCGUGUACAGGGAGAACAACAAGCUGAAGAAGAAGAUGACUGCAGGGCGUUCCUCGUACUCUCAUGGGGAUCUGGACCCUUUCAAGUUCCGCUGGCUCAUCCCACUGUCAGCACUGCAGGUCCGACUGGGAAACACAGCAGGAACAGAAAAAAACUGUAUCUGGGAGCUGAUUCACACGAAGUCAGAGCUUGAAGGACGUCCAGAGACUGUGUUCCAGCUCUGUAGCAGCGUGCCUGAGUGCAUGGCCAGCAUCGUCAAGGUGAUCCGCUCUGUUCUGAGGGAGAAUGUGCGUAGGAACAGGGAGGGGCUCAUCCCACUCAGGAAAACCGUGCCAGCGUCUGCGCGCAUAGGUUCAUCCAGAGCCUCCUGGCUGUGUAAGCAGCCGAGCCUGGAGGUCCCUGCUCAUCUCAGCACGUCAAAAGCAGGGCAUCCAGAUUCCGACGAGGGCAGCCUGAGCAGCCGGACCCACCUGAUUGAAGGCCAGGCGGAGCGCAAAGGUCAGGCCCCUCGGAACCAACGCCGGGGUCCCCAGCAAAGGCCCAGCCCAGAUGGCAGCGUCAAAGAAUCAGACAUCCUGAGCGAUGACGAGGACCUUGGAGAGACCACCCGGUCAGUGUCACCCGCAAGUGCCAUCGAGGCUCAGUUCCGGCGUCUGAAGAUGGUUGAGCAGACAGCAUGCGGGGAGCUGGCACCUUAUGUACAGCCUGAGGGGGGCGAUGUGGACACACCUGAGAAGCAGUCGAGGUUACUGCGUUCCCACCCCUGCAUCAAACGGAAAAAUAAUAGCCUGCGGCGAAACAAGGGGGCGCUGCUGAGCAUGAAGCAGCAGAGCCGGUCUCUGGACAGCCAGGAAGAGCCCCCCAGCAUGGACCUCAACACCCUACUGGAGCGGGAGUUCAGCGUGCAGAGCCUGACUUCUGUUGUUAACGAGGACUGCUUCUACAACAUGGAGAGUACUGACAGUGGGCCUGUACCCACCCUAUAGGAUAGGGAAGCUCCCCUACAAAUCCAACCAGUCCCAGGUCCUCAUUCCUCAGAGGGAGUGGCUUGGCUCCCUGGGCUGCUCUGCAACUGGACAGGAAGUUAUACAAACCAAAAUGGAAGCACACUGUACCAACCAGGACUCUGUACCUACUUUGUUCUGUAUUUGUGCACUAAGUACACAAUUCGCCUUCAUUUUUUUUAACUUGUACAUUUUAAGGCAUUUUUUAAUUUAUUGAUUGAAUGCAUCUUGACAGGAGACAAAAUAGCUGGAGAAAAAUAUUGUUGCAUUAAGCAUUUUUUUUCCUGAAACAUUUGAAAUGUGGAAAUUUUAAACUUGUGUUUACAGUCUGUAGUCUGUGUGCAGACAAGCAUUGCCAAGUCAAGCAGCAUGAUUUAAGAGGCAACUAGCUUUACAAUGAAGUAGAUUUAAACAGAUUGUGACCCAAUGCCUGAUUUGUUACACGUAUAUUUUUCCCCAAAUGGCUGCACUGUAACAAUCUGAAUAUUUGAUACUUAUGGAAGCCCGUUUCCGCCACCGGGGAAAAAAAUAAUAUAAAAUUUAAGUCAAAAUUUCGAGAUAUCAAAAUAAUCUCAAAAUAACGAGAACUCUUGAAAUAUCGACUUAGUAUCUCGAAAUAACGAGAACUCUCGAAAUUGAGAGUUCUCGUUAUUUCGAGAUACUAAAUCAAAAUUUCGAGUCUUGAAAUAAUGAGAACUAAGUCGAAAUUUCGAGAUAGUAUCUCGAAAUUGAGAGUUCUCGAAAUAACGAGAACUAAGUCGAAUUUCGAGAUCUCAAAAUAAUGAGAACUAAGUCAAUUUCGAGAGUUCUCGUUAUUUCGAGAUAUUAAAUCGAAAUUGAGUCUUCAAAUAAUGAGAACUAAGUCGAAAUGUCGAGAUAGUAUCUCGAAAUUGAGAGUUCUCGUUAUUUCGAGAUACUAAGUCAAAAUUUCGAGAGUCUCGAAAUAACGAGAACUAAGUCAAAUUGAGAUCUCAAAAUAAUGAGAACUAAGUCAAUUUCGAGAGUUCUCGUUAUUUCGAGAUACUAAGUCGAAAUUUCGAGUCUUGAAAUAAUGAGAACUAAGUCGAAAUUUCGAGAUAGUAUCUCGAAAUUGAGAGUUCUCGUUAUUUCGAGAUACUAAGUUGAAAUUUUGAGUCUCGAAAUAACGAGAACUAAGUCGAAUUUCAAGAUCUCAAAAUGAGAACUAAGUCAAUUUCGAGAGUUCUUGUUAUUUCGAGAUACUAAGUCGAAAUUGAGUCUUGAAAUAAUGAGAACUAAGUCGAAAUUUCGAGAUAGUAUCUCGAAAUUGAGAGUUCUCGUUAUUUCGAGAUACUAAGUCGAAAUUUUGAGUCUCGAAAUAACGAGAACUAAGUCGAAUUUCGAGAUCUCAAAAUAAUGAGAACUAAGUCAAUUUCGAGAGUUCUCGUUAUUUCGAGAGUUCUUGAAAUUUCGACUUAGUCUUUCUUAUUUCUGCGUACUAAGUCAAUUUUGAGAGUUCUCGUUAUUUCGAGAUACAAAGUCGAAAUUUCGAGAACUCUCAAAAUAACGAGGACUCUCGACAUUUCGACUUAGUAUUUCAAGAGUUCUCGUUAUUAUCUCGAAAUAAUGAUACUCUCACUAAAUUUCGAGGUGUCUCGAAAUAACGAGAUAACUAAGUCGAAAUUUCGACUUAAAUUUUAUAUUAUUUUUUCCCCCGGUGGCGGAAACGGGCUUCCAUAGAUACUUGACAAUGUACAGCACAAAAAAAAGCUGUAAUUUGCAAUAAACUGUCUGUUGUAAAUGUUUA